AUGAACAGUAAUGAGGUGAACUAUCUUAUAUGGAGAUAUCUUCAGGAAUCGGGAUUUGAACAUACAACAUUUACAUUUCAGCAUGAAUCAAGCGCACAUUUAGAGGACAAUAGAUGGUCGAAAGAAGUAUCAGCAGGUGCGCUGAUUAAUGUUUUGCAGAAAGGGUUGCAAUAUAUGGAAGUAGAGGCACAUGUAGAUAAGAAUGGUAGUAUAAAGAGGUGCAUGCUUCCUUUCUCUUUGAUUGGGCGUCAUUUAUGUGAAAAUGGUGAAACAGUUUUGCCGGAGGUUAUAGAAACGGAUUUACAAGAAGAAAAAGAAAAACGAGUAUCUUUGAAUAUGGAGGAUAAUGAAAUUUAUGAGUCAAAUAAAGGGGAAUCAUUAGAGUUUUCUGAAUUUUCUGAAUCGAAAGAGUUAAAGGAGUUGAUGGAAUCUAGAGAGAUGAAUGUUUUUGAAGGAUCUAAUGAAUCAAGAAUAGAACGCUUGAAUUUUCCUGAAUCUUCUUGUUUUUUGGAAGAGAAAUCUCAUUUGGAAUUGGAAGCAUCCACUAUAUCGCCGACUAAUGCAUCAUGGUUAACAAAAAAAAUGGAAAAAGUUGUAUUAUUAUGUGGUCAUCAAGAGAAUGUAUUUACAGGUGCAUGGAAUCCUGUAUAUUUAGAUUUUGUUGCUACUGCAUCAGCAGAUGCUACUGUUAGAAUUUGGAAUUUAUUGGAAAAAGAUAGUGUUAAUAGUCUUUUAGAUAAUCUUGUUUUAAAUUGUACACCUUUAAAUGAGAAAAAAGAUAUUACUUCUAUAUCAUGGGAUAAUUCUGGUAAUUAUAUAGCAGCUGGUUCAUAUGAUGGUCAAGUUCGUAUAUGGAGUUUGAAGGGGACAUUAAAAUAUUUGUUUACUGCGCAUCAUGGUCCUAUUAUGGGAAUAAAGUGGAAUAGUAAAAAUAAUUUAUUGCUUACUGCAAGCUGUGAUAGUUAUGUUAUUGCAUGGGAUAUGUUUAAUGGUACUUUAAAACAUGUUUACGACAGAAGACCAUGUGCUAUAACAGAUAUUGAGUGGAUUAGUGAUGAAACGUUUGCAUCUAGCGGAAAAGAUGGAUCUUUGGACUUUUGGUCUGCUGAAAAGGCGGAGUUGUUAAGAAGAUGGGAAGGGCAUUCUAAAGAAAUUAAUAGCAUUAAGUUUAAUCCUCAUAAUAAUCUACUCCUUUCAUGUUCAGAUGAUUUUGCAGUAAAAAUAUGGUCUUUAGAUAUAUCGUCACCACAAAAAAUAUUUUUAGGGCAUUCUAAAAGUGUAGUUGAGGUUCAAUGGAAACCUCAACAAAAAACUGAUGAAGUGAUUAUAUUUGUAUCUUGUUCGUUAGAUGGGACAAUAAAAGUAUGGAAUACUAUUCAGUCUUCUCCUUUGCAUUCUUUAUCUCAUGGUUGGGCUUUUUUUACGAUUUCAUUCAAUCCAAGUGGGGAUAUAUUAGCAGCUGGUACUAAAGAUGGUUCUGUAAUUUUAUAUGAUAUAAAAGAAGGUUAUUUGUGCGGUAAAUAUGACAAGUCUAUAGAUAAAAAUCCGAAUAAAAAUUCUGUUAUUGAACAUGUUUUUGAUGUUUCAUGGUCAAAAAAAGGUGAUAGAAUAAUCGUUUGUAGAGCUAAUUCUGUCGCAGAAGUUAUAUAUUGCGGCUAAAUGGUUGGCUUUUGUAUAAUUUUUACGUAUGAUGUACAUAAUGAUUUAUUAGUUUUUGAAUGUUGA